AGAGAUUCUGUGAGUUUGUUUGGCGACGGAUAGACAGACAGACACAUACAUGAGCUGUACAUAUGUGUGUAUGAGUUAUACAGUUUACUUAUGAGUGCGCGCUUUCAAUAUAACCUACCAGUGCUUAUAAUAUGAAGAAACAAACACAUACACAGUGGUAAAGGUUGGCUGAAAAUCGGAUAGUAAUUAUCAUAUCCUGUGUGUGUGUAUGUGCUGUCAAUUGUUAUUUCAUAUUAUUGUAUUUUAAAGUGUUGUUGACAUGUAUUUGUUAUUUUCUAAAAGAUUUCUAAAAUAAGAGUAAUAUAAAUAUUUUUACUUUUUUUUGGGUGUCGACACCUCCAGAAUAAUAGCCAACUGUUUUUUUUUUUGGGUGAAUAUCUGGAUAUUCUGUGUGUUUGUUUGUGUCUGUCAUCAGAUUAUUGUUAUAUUAUUUUUGUUGUCCAUAUGGCUAAUGAAAAUACUUAUAUACUUCGGGAGACCACCACAUCACAGAUCAGUACAAUUAACUCGACUAAUAGUCAGGCCGAUGAUGAAACAUCAUCCCAGACAACUACCGAUACCAAACAAUUGGUUAUCGAGCCGACCACCAAUCGGUUAGGUGUUACCAGUAAUCUACAUCAAACUGGCUUUAAUUUUGUCAAUAGUAUUAUCGGAUCGGGUGUUAUCGGAAUUCCAUACAGUCUUAAAACUGGUGGUUUCGGUUUCGGCAUCUUUUUGAUUGUGUUAAUAGCUAUAAUCACUGACUAUUCAUUAUGUAUAAUGGUCAAAGCGGGCAACUAUGUUGGUGUCAAUACAUAUCAGGAUCUGGUGCGGGCAUCAUUUGGAUCACCUGGGUAUUGGCUUUUAACAUUUAUCCAAUUUUUAUAUCCAUUUAUUGCAAUGAUAUCAUAUAAUGUUAUAAUUGGCGAUACGAUUACUAAAAUAUUGAUCCGCUUAUUUAAUGUUUCAACGAGCAGUUUACUCGCUAAUCGCAAUACAUUAGUGUUUAUAUGUUCAAUAUUUAUCACAUUUCCGCUAUCAAUGUAUAGAAAUAUAUCGAAAUUAAAUAAAGUGUCACUAAUCUCUUUAUUCUUUGUAUUCGUGAUUCUUGUGUUUAUUUUUAUAAGACUCGAAGCAUUAUCCGAUAAAAUACCACAUACUGCUGAUGAAUAUCAAUUUGUUGGCAAUGGUAUUACAGAAUCGAUAGGAAUUAUAGCAUUUGCAUACAUGUGUCAUCAUAGCUCGUUUCUGAUGUACGAAUCGUUGGAAAAUCCGACCCAAAGUCGCUGGAAUCGUAUUACCCAUAUAUCGGUGGGUACUUCCUGUCUGAUCAUAUUGUUGUACGGAAUCUUCGGGUACGUCACAUUUGGCCAGUAUAGUCAGGGCGAUCUAUUGGAAAACUAUUGUAUGUCCGAUGAUUUGGCAAAUUUAGCCCGAGUAUUGUUUGCGGCCACCAUUUGUCUAACCUAUCCUAUCGAAUGUUUUGUUGUCCGAGAGGUAUUGGAAAACGCCAUUUGGGACGGAAAGCCACCGCAAACCCGAUGCCAUCACAUAAUGAUAACAACGGCUAUUGUGUUGACUUGUUUUAUAUUCUCGACGUUUACCGAUUGCUUGGGUAUUGUACUCGAGCUUAACGGUGUAUUAGCAGCCGUUCCCCUGGCAUUCAUACUGCCAGCUCUAUGCUACCUAAAACUAGAUCCCGGACCUAAUCUUGAAUGGCAAAAGUUUCCGGCAUUCCUGAUGGUUCUGUUCGGCUUUGCAGUGGCCAUUGUCGGUACGUUUUUGGCAGUCGUACGGGUCAUCGACGGUGUCCAGUGUAGUCACGGCCGAGAGUUAGACUACUGUACGGCAGGACAUCAUAUCGUCAACAAUACGGCUACUUCUUCAACAUUGUUGUCGUUGAUCCGCAACAAUACCAUUACAACAACUAUACAAACUUAAAAAAACACAUAAAAAACUUACCCACAAAAUAAAACAUAACAAACAAACCAAAAAAGUUUAUA